AGCCGAAACGCCUGUAAUGGUAAUUUCAUAAUAACAGUGGCACUUCCGCAAUUCUAUCCUACCUCAAACCUGUUUGCGUAACGAAAUCAAAAAUUAAAAUUAGGCGGGCAAUUUAAAUCAUUUAUUUAAAAAAUUGUAACCAUGGUUAAAUUAGGGUUGCCAGUGCGGCCGAUGAUACAAGCGCUGCUUCGCUGUCGUAGACUCGUAGCGUGCGACCGUAACCGCGGUCAAUUAACCCUGGUUAUGCCCCUCCUGCCUAUAUAUGGCCAAAGCGGUUGAUCUGCAACCUCGCUGAAUCGGAGAGCGUCUUAAUAAACGCCGCCCGAUCAUUUGCGUUUUCUUUCCACUCUUUGUGUUAAAUCUCUGUUAUUGUUCGUUGAAAUUCCUUGAAAUCUCGAAAAAAAUGAGAGAGUGCAUCUCAAUUCACAUCGGUCAGGCCGGAAUUCAAGUCGGCAAUGCGUGCUGGGAACUUUACUGCCUCGAGCACGGCAUUCAGCCUGAUGGCCAGAUGCCCGGCGACAAGACAGUUGGUGGAGGAGACGAUGCCUUCAACACCUUCUUCAGUGAAACUGGGGCUGGGAAGCAUGUCCCCCGUGCUGUCUUUGUUGAUCUUGAGCCCACUGUCAUUGAUGAGGUUAGGACUGGAACGUACCGCCAGCUCUUUCACCCAGAGCAACUUAUCAGCGGCAAAGAAGAUGCUGCUAACAACUUUGCCCGUGGUCAUUAUACCAUUGGGAAGGAGAUUGUUGAUCUGUGUUUGGAUCGCAUCCGCAAGCUAGCUGAUAAUUGCACUGGCCUUCAAGGUUUCCUUGUUUUCAAUGCUGUUGGUGGCGGUACUGGAUCUGGUCUUGGGUCGCUUCUUUUGGAGCGUCUCUCUGUUGAUUAUGGCAAGAAAUCAAAGCUUGGGUUUACUGUCUAUCCUUCCCCUCAAGUCUCAACAUCUGUCGUGGAGCCUUACAACAGUGUCCUCUCAACCCAUUCCCUUCUUGAACACACUGACGUAGCUGUGCUUCUUGACAAUGAGGCCAUCUAUGACAUUUGCAGGCGCUCACUUGACAUUGAGCGCCCAACCUACACCAAUCUCAACCGCCUUGUGUCUCAGGUGAUUUCAUCCCUCACUGCCUCCUUGAGGUUUGAUGGAGCCUUAAAUGUUGAUGUGACUGAAUUCCAGACCAAUCUGGUUCCUUAUCCUAGGAUCCAUUUCAUGCUUUCUUCCUAUGCCCCUGUCAUCUCAGCUGAGAAGGCAUACCAUGAGCAGCUUUCGGUGGCAGAGAUCACAAACAGUGCCUUCGAGCCAUCAUCUAUGAUGGCUAAAUGUGACCCACGACAUGGCAAGUACAUGGCUUGCUGCCUGAUGUACCGUGGUGAUGUUGUGCCUAAGGAUGUGAAUGCUGCCGUGGCCACCAUCAAGACCAAGCGCACAAUCCAGUUUGUUGACUGGUGUCCUACUGGAUUUAAGUGUGGUAUCAACUAUCAGCCUCCAACUGUUGUUCCUGGAGGUGACCUUGCAAAGGUGCAGAGGGCUGUCUGCAUGAUCUCCAACUCAACCAGUGUUGCAGAAGUUUUCUCCCGCAUUGACCACAAGUUUGAUCUUAUGUAUGCUAAGCGUGCUUUUGUGCACUGGUAUGUCGGUGAGGGCAUGGAGGAAGGAGAAUUCUCUGAGGCUCGGGAGGAUCUUGCUGCCCUUGAGAAGGAUUAUGAGGAAGUUGGUGCGGAAUCUGCAGAGGGUGAGGAAGGUGAUGAUGGUGAUGAGUAUUGAUGAGCUCUGAGGUUACUUCAAGCUUGGUUUUAUCUUUCAUCUCUUUUAUGGUGUUUGAUGUUUCGUUAUGGCUGCUGCAGUCUCAGCUGUAUGCAUUUUCAGUUUGGUUCCAAUGACCUCAUCGAUAUUAUGGUAUUAUAGUAAUGCAGUGAUUUUUUUUUUUUUUUUUCGUUCUCUCGAGUGUUUCUAGCUUGAUAAUUGAAUUUCUGAUUGUUCGUGA